AUGACGGACUCUGCUCUCCUCGAGGCUCCGGCUCUCGACCGGGGAAGCCCCCUGCCCUCUCCGACUGUGUCUCACUCGGCCUUCAUCGACAUCGGCUGGGUCUCUGCGCUCGGCUGCGUCUCUGCCCUCGUUGCUUGUCUCCUCUCGGGCAUUUCGAUCUUUCUCCAUCUUGCACAUUACGCCUUCCCCUCGCUGCAAAAAUAUGUCGUCCGCAUUCUCCUGUUUGUUCCUGUCUACGCCGUGUCUUCUCUGGUGAUUUUGAUUGUGCCGAGUCAGUUUGUGUACAUUGAGGCGCUGCGAGACAUGUGGGAAGCAGUCGUCGUGUACUCCUUCUUCUGUUUGAUCCUUUCGCGCUGCGGUGGAGAAGACACGUGUGCGAGUGCGCUCAGCCGAGACCCAGGCUCUGUGCGCCAUCCGCAGCCGGUCCCCUGUCUCCUGCGCGUCUGGAAGAAACUCCUGCGACUGCCCGCGACGGAGGCUGCGCUGCCUCCGCUCGGACGCCGGUUUGGGCAAAACGACGUGGCGCAUGCAGUGAGCGGGAAGGAAAAGGAGGGGCCGCGUGCCGAGCGCGCAGGCGAGGAAGGUUCCAACCCCGCCAGCGCACAGACGGCGCGAACCCCUCCAGGCUUCUACGGCCGAGAGGCCAGAAGAGACCGCUACGGUUCCAACCGCGACCGGAGACAGAAUGCUUGGUUUGGAGAAGACAGUGUGCUGAUGUGCAGAGAAGAUGUACCCACUGACCUCGCCUUCGUCAAAUGCUGCAAGCGGUGGAUUCUCCAGUUCAUUUUUGUGAAGCCUACCAUGGCGCUCGUCUCGCUGGUCAUGUUCAGUGUCGGCAAGUACCACACGUUCGGCUUCCAAGUGCCCUACAUGAUCAUCUACAACAUUUCCAUCUGUGGCGCUCUCUACGCCCUCGGUUUGUUCUAUCUCGCCACGCGCAAGCUCCCCGCUCUGCUGUUUCUUCUGGUGUUUGUCCCUCGACAGCUCCAGUUCCACCCUGUGGCGAAGUUCUUCGCGAUGAAGCUGGUAAUUGUCGCGACGUGGUACCAGGCCUUCUUCCUUGGCAUCAUCGACGGAAUGACCGUCCGAGAUGUGACAAAGUGGACGAACUGGCUCUUGUGCAUCGAGAUGCCGUUGUUCGCGUUGCUGAACGCGUACGCCUACCCCGUCCUCGAGUUCCUGCCGUCUGCGGAGGCGCAUGAGCCCCACAGCCUGUCCAGCUACGAUCCCUUCCAGUCUUCUUCUGCCCCCGGCAAUGUCACUGUCGGCAAGGCUGUCUCUUCCUCAACUGCUGAUCUGCCAGGCCUCGACAAGGCGCAGCCGGGAGUCGUCCAGGGCGUGGCGAUCGGAGACGUAGCGCAAGGGGGGGGAAGCCCAAAGCCGUCUUCGCCCCAGAACGGAAACAAUUUCGCGCUCGCAGCCUCUUCCUCGAGUUCCGCCUUCAGCGAAGUCGGCGGCGCCGUCGCGGCUGCAGCUUCCAAGAUCGACGCGACUCUCCACGUCGCCGCGACGACGAUCGGACGGCCCUUCCAUGGCAUCAGCUGCGUCGCGGAUCCUGCGGCGCGCGAAGUGGCUCUGCGAAACGUGAAAGACGCCGUCCUUAUGUCAGACGUGGUCACUGACGCCUACUACAAUUUCCACGCAAAGUACAACCAACAUGCGCUGCUUAUCAAUGAACCGCCGCCGGAAACUCAGAGUCCUCGAGAGAGCGUGCGCGAUGACAGUCCUUUCAAUUCCCCCCGGUCCAAGCAGACUGGGCUCUCUGUGGGGGCGGCGCUGAGUUCUUCCGAGCCUUCGGUUCCGACUUCUGCGCCUUCCGCUCCUUCUCUCUCUUCUCUCUCCUCUUCCGUGCCCUCGUUUUCUCUCAAGUUCGUGCCUGAAGCAGGCUCCCGCUUGUCGUCCGCGCCGGCUUCCUGCUCGUCGCGCGAAGACCCCAGGAAGAAAGACGAGUUUUUCGCGCUCUUCCCUGCGGAGGCGACGCGAGAGGCUGAGACAGUCGAGGGCGAGACGUGCCGAGACAGCGAAGGCCACGCCGUGCAUGCGGUGCGCGUCACGUCCAGCGCGUCUCAUCCCGGGGUACCGUGA